AUGGCGCCCAUAUCAUUUCUCGACUGCCCCCAGGAGGUGCAGCUCCACAUCGCUGAUUUCAUUCCCCCAAGCGAUCUGGCCAGGCUCUCAUUGACCUGUCGUGCCCUGCAUAGCCUCAACGAGCCUGUGGUUUAUUCCUCCGUCAAAUUUCAAUGGGCCAGGGAGUUCCACCCGCCUAUCACUCAAUUACUCCAGCUACUCCGAACACUGCUAGAAAGGCAGGACUUGUGCCCUUUGAUACGCCAUGCCGACUUUGAAGGCUUUGGCUACAUCGAUGAAAUUGGCUCGUAUCGCUCAGAUUGGACAGAAGAGACUCCUGAUCCUCCACCUGUCAUCCCAGGGCUUCCCGCCGACCAACUCUCUGCGGCCAUAGGGAAAACAGGCGUUUCAGAGGCUGUCGCCGAGCAGUGGUGUAGAAAGGUCCAAUGUGGAUCUCCUGAAGCUUCGGUCGCGGUUCUCGUUUCUCUACUACCAAACCUGGAACGACUUUGUCUUUCCUCCAAUUGGACUAAUGACACGAGUUUCCUUGGGCAUAUGCUUCGAGCUGCUCUAUGUGAAAAGCCUGAACAUGCAUCAAAAGCAAGUUUACUUUCUUUUACUUCGUUGAAGCGCGUAUCACUUGCGCCAAUGUUCGACGAAGAGGGCCAUCUUGAUCCAAGUAAUACAGCAGAUGCCCUGGCUUUGUUCUACCUGCCCAAUAUUGAGACUCUCUCCGUAUCUAUUGACAACCCCAUCAACUUCACUUGGCCCUCCUCUUCACCCCCAAAGCCAACGUCGCUAGAAUCCCUUGAGAUCUUUCGGCUACGAGAAAGCCGUCUGGCGCCAGUUUUAUCAGCAACGAUGAACCUGAAGAAGCUACAAUACAACUGGAUGUACCGUCCAGACCUCGACAAAGUGGUCAGCAAGCAUGCUGUGAUGUUGGACGCAUUAUCUAAAGCCCUUCUUGAGACCAAAGACUCACUUGAGGAGCUUGAUAUCACCGCAGAGAGCUUCCCGGCACUGUCGCAUGGCAUGUACGAGCCGCCAGACGUCACGUUCCAAGGGUCAAUCUCUCGACUCCGUGAGAUGCACAAGCUAAAGACUCUUCAUAUACCCUGGACGUUUCUCACUGGAAGGAAAGGAUAUUCUACCGGCCCUGGUCUCAUCGGGGCUGCAGUUCCGCCAAACGUUGAACACUUGGCGUUGGACGGUUUUUUCAUGUGGUCUGAGGAUGAUGACUAUGACGAGGAUGCAGAUGAACUGAUGGUUGAAGGCUUUGCAAGCGAACUCAAGAGCGGCGCUUUAUCGCAUGUGAAAUCACUGGAAAGCGUUUGCUUACCAGGGUCAUUGUAUGUUGGUGGGUUGUCAGACAUUUGCGAGAAUAAGAUGAAAGCCCUUGAGAAAUGGUUUGGAUUGGCAUUGAGCUAUGAUAAGAGAAGAAAGUGA